AUGCUAAUCGACAUAGACGAAACGGUAAGUGAAGAUGAGGUGAGAGAGGCUAUCACAAAGGAGUUAAAUAUAGAAGGAACCUCUAGAAUAGACAUGACGAUUAAGUUAGCACAAAAGACCAACCAAAGAGGGUAUAAAUUCGCCUUUGUCACCAUGGAACAUGAUGCAGUGGAUCUUAUCACUAAGAAAAAAAGAAUAGGCGAAGGCUGGAAUCGAUGCAGAAUCAGAGAGCUCGACCUCUUAGAUAGAUGUAGGAAAUGUUUUCAGAUAGGACAUAUAGCAAAAGAGUGCCAGAGAAAAGGGAGUCAGGAUAGAUGCCAUAGAUGUGGGGAAGAGGGUCAUAAGAGAGGACAGUGCAGCGGAGAAGAGAACUGCUACCUCUGCAAUGAAAAAGGGCAUGGAGCGGAAACCAUGAGGUGCCCGAAAUACAGAGAACUAUUAAAGAGAAAAAUGAGGAGAAGAGGGACCGACUAG